AUGCUGAAGCUACAUGCGUUGGUCCUUGCAACUAGCACAUUAUGUAUACAAUUUGCCACCGGAGCAGUCCUGUAUCCACGUUCCGAUUCCGGUACGGCAAUAACGAACAAUACACAUUGUGGUACCGAUUUCUGUACCUGGUGGCAUAAUUCUGGGGAGGUCAACACGAAUACGCCUGUUCAACCAGGGAACGUGCGCCAAUCUCAUAAGUAUGCCGUGCAAGUGAGCUUGGCUGGUGCAAACACAUUUUAUGACUCUUUUGUGUACGAAUCCAUUCCCCGGAAUGGAAACGGCCGCAUCUAUGCUCCCACGGAUCCCCCCAACAGUAACACGCUAGAUUCAAGCAUUGAUGAUGGAAUCACGAUUGAGCCUAGUAUUGGCCUCAAUAUGGCAUGGUCCCAGUUCGAGUACGGCCAGGAUGUCGAUGUGAAGAUCAUGACUACCGAUGGCUCGGUAUUGGGGCCAACAAGCGAUGUUGUUAUUCGCCCUGUCUCGAUCUCCUAUUCGAUUUCUCAGUCCAGCGACGGCGGGAUUGUCAUCCGGGUUCCAGCAGAUGCUAACGGCCGCAAAUUUUCAGUGGAGUUCAAAAAUGAUCUGUAUACGUUCCGCUCUGAUGGCAAUCAAUACGUCACAUCAGGAGGCAGCGUCGUCGGUGUUGAGCCUACUAACGCACUUGUGAUCUUCGCAAGCCCGUUUCUUCCGUCAGGCAUGAUUCCUCAGAUGACAGCUGCUAACACGCAGACCAUGGUACCAGGUCCUAUCAAUAAUGGUGACUGGGGUUCUAAGCCAAUUCUUUAUUUCCCGCCAGGCGUAUACUGGAUGAAUCAAGAUCAAUCGGGCAACUCGGGAAAAUUAGGAUCCAAUCAUAUGCGUCUAAGCUCAAACACAUACUGGGUCUACCUUGCACCUGGUGCAUAUGUGAAGGGUGCUAUCGAGUAUUUCACCAAGCAGAACUUCUAUGCGACCGGCCAUGGUGUCCUAUCUGGCGAGAACUAUGUGUAUCAAGCAAAUGCUGGCAACAACUACGUUGCUGUAAAGAGCGAUUCGGCCGGCCUCCGGAUGUGGUGGCAUAAUAGCCUGGGGGGUGGUCAAACAUGGUACUGUGUUGGGCCGACAAUCAAUGCGCCGCCAUUUAACACCAUGGAUUUCAAUGGGAAUUCUGGCAUAUCAAGUCAAAUUAGCGACUAUAAGCAGGUGGGAGCCUUUUUCUUUCAGACGGAUGGGCCAGAGAUUUAUCCCAAUAGCGUGGUGCACGACGUCUUCUGGCAUGUCAAUGAUGAUGCAAUCAAAAUUUACUAUUCCGGAGCCUCUGUCUCACGGGCAACGAUCUGGAAAUGUCACAACGAUCCAAUCAUCCAGAUGGGAUGGUCGACUCGGCAGAUCAGUGGAGUCACAAUCGACACACUGAAUAUUAUCCACACCCGCUACAUUAAGUCAGAAACGGUAGUGCCUUCGGCUAUUAUCGGGGCCUCACCGUUCUAUGCAAGUGGGAUGAAUCCUAAUCCAAGCCAGUCCAUAUCUAUGACCAUCUCAAAUGUUGUUUGCGAGGGUCUUUGCCCGUCUCUGUUCCGAAUCACACCCCUACAAAGCUACAAGAAUUUUGCUGUCAAAAAUGUGGCAUUCCCCGACGGACUACAGACAAAUAGUAUUGGCACGGGACAAAGUAUAAUUCCAGCCGCGUCCGGCAUAACGAUGGAUCUAGAUAUCUCUAACUGGACCGUUGGUGGACAAAAGGUGACCAUGCAGAACUUUCCAGCCAAUAGCCUGGGGCAGUUCAACAUUGACGGCAGCUAUUGGGGGGAGUGGCAGAUUAGCUAA